ACUACGGGAGCACACACAGCGGGCGGGAAAACCAUGGGCCCCUCCUGGCUGCUGUGGCUGUUGAAGCAUCUACUGUGCCUGCCUGGCUUGGUCAUCGCCACUGUUCUGCUGCUUCUGGCUCUGGGAGUGACAGGGAGACGGAAAAGGAGACCUGGGGAGCCUCCAUUGAUAAAUGGCUGGUUUCCUUUUAUUGGAGUGUUCCUUCAAAUGAAAAAUAACCCUUUGAAAACCAUCCAAGAUUAUCAGAAAAAAUAUGGAAACAUAUUUACCUUACAAAUUAAUGGAAACUACUUUACCUUUGUACUGGAUCCAUUUCAAUACCCAUUGGUGUUAAAAAACUACAAACAAUUUACUUUUGCUAAAAUUGCAGACAAAAUAGCACACAAAGUUUUCAAGCUCCCACUUCAAUCAGAUGUGUUAAAAACAGCGAAAGAAUCCUAUAAAUAUCUACAAACAAAAUUUUUAGACUUGCCUUGUUACAAUCUAAUGCAGAAUCUGCAGGGUGUCAUGAAAAAGCAACUUUUACAAGCCAAAAAUGGGGAAACAAUUCAAUUGUUCAAGUUUUGUACAUCAAUACUAUUUGAAGCCACAUAUAUAACCCUCUAUGGAAAGAAUCCUGACACAAAUUCGGGUGAAAUUAUCCAUGAAUUACAAGAGGACUUUGUCAAAUUUGAUAAUGAAUUCUUGAGUCUUUUGUCACCCCUACCUACCUUGUCACUAAGAGCUGUGAAGAAUAUUCGGGAAAAGUUCAUACAAAAUUUUUCAUCAGAGAACAUGUCCAAAAUGCAGGAAACAUCAGAAGUUAUCAGAAUUAGAAGAACCAUUCUUGAGAAAUUUCCAGAGCUUCAGGAGUAUGAAAAAGGAGCACAUCAUUUUACCUUUCUGUGGGCCUCUGUGGCAAACACGAUUCCAGCUACAUUCUGGACAGUGUAUUAUCUUCUGCAGCACCCAGAAGCUGUUGCAGUGUUGCGUGAUGAAAUUGACCAUUUGCUACAGUCAACAGGUCAAAAGAAAGAACCUGAUUUUACCAUCCAGUUCACCAGAGAACAAUUGGACAGCUUGGUCUACCUAGAAAGCAUCAUUAAAGAGGCCUUACGAAUGUCUUCAGUUUCUGCCAUUUUGCGUAAUAAUGAAGAGGAUGUCAUCCUAAAUUUAGGAAAUGGAGAAGUCCAUCUACGAAAAGGAGAUAACACCGUCAUUUUCCCACCAUUGCUGCACUAUGACCCAGAAAUCUUUGAACAGCCUGAGGAGUUUAAGUUUGAUCGUUUUGUAGAAGAUGGCAAGGAGAAAACUACAUUUUUCAAAAGGGGACAAAAGGUGCCUUAUUUCCUAAUACCCUUUGGAUCUGGAAUCAGCAAAUGUCCUGGUCGAUUCUUGGCGAUGUUAGAGAUGAAGCAGUUCCUGAUUCUUCUGUUUAUGUAUUUUGAUGUAGAAUUAAUUGAAAACAAACCUCAACUUCAAUUCACAAAUUCCCGAUUUUUUUUAGGUAUACAGCCUCCUCCUCUGUCAGAUAUUUCUUUUAGGUACAAGAUAAGAUGUUAAUAAAAAAAGAGGAGGAAAAAGACAUUUGCCUCCAAAUAAUGAUGUCUUUCCCCUCCCCCCACGCUUUUUGUUUGUUAUUUCUAGGAAUGGAAUUGUGUUUUUCUUCUUGUUUUAUUUUUUUAAACAUGCUUCCAUGUUGGGGCGGGGCUUUCAUUCUAUGAUGCCAAGACAUCUGGUCAGUCCAGUUAAAAAAAACAACAUGUAGUCCAGUUUUAGAGCUGAUAUUAUGAUGCCAAAACAUCCUGAUGAGUGUCUCAUUUCCUUCUUCAUAUGUUGCUUAAUGUAUUAACCAUAUGUAUACCUUUAAGACUAUCUAUAAUAUGAUAACAGAAAUUAUAUUAUUGAAGAUUUCAUGUGUUCUGGUUCUUAAAGACCAAUGUGUGACAUAAUCUAUGACAGAACAGUGAGUAUUCAGACAUAGAUCAGAGCAAACAUAUUAAAAUAUAGUUCUGUUACUCAAUGUGAAAAGUCCCCCAUGAAAAUUGCUGGCUAAUUGUGUCAGCAGUGGACACUACCAACAAAUUUAAAAAAAACCGGAACAAAUUACUUAACUUGUGAUAUUAGAUGAAAAUAUCUUCUUUAUAUACAAUAUCAAUUAUACUUUCAUUGCCUGGAUAGCCUUUCAUUAAAUGGGUUCUGCAGAAGAUUAAAUGCUUCAAUUUCAUGUCAAUAUUUCAUCAUUUGAAAAUGUAUUUUAUUGCUUUUUAUUUAUUUUUGCUGCUGUCCAGUCAUGACCAAGUCUUUGUGACCCCAUUUGUGAUUUUCUUGGCAAAGAUAC